CAUUAUCAAUUGUCAAUACCGUAUAAACAUUGUUAAGAUUAUAACGUAGCAUUCGUUGUAUCGUAUACCAAUUGAAUAUCAAUAAUAAACAUAUUAAAAUGUGGUUCUUGUGGAUACCGGUGACUUUGAUAUUGAUAAAAGUUUUGAAUAAAUUCUCUAACGGGAAAUGUUAUUCGGAUAAUGUGAUGAGUGGCCAGGUUGUAAUAGUAACGGGCGCGAAUAGUGGAAUAGGUUACGCCACAGCUCUGGAGUUGGCUAAACGCGGAGCCAGGGUCAUAGCUGCGUGUCGAGACGACGACAAAGGCAACAAAGCAGUAGAAUCCAUAAUUAAAGCUACGAAGAACAAAUCUAUAAAGUACAUACACUUAGAUUUAAGUUCUUUGGAGUCUGUGCGGAAAUUCGUGGACACUUUUAAGAGGACUGAAGCUAAAUUGGAUGUGUUGAUAAAUAACGCAGGUGCCAGCGGUAUGGGGAAAGAGAAGACCGCGGAUGGGAUAGUUAGAGACAUGCAGGUGAAUCAUUUCGGUCCAUUUCUGCUCACUUUAUUACUGGUCCCUAUAUUGAAGAAGUCUGCUCCGAGUCGAGUGAUUAACGUAUCCUCGAUUUUGCAUAAAUUCGGAACAAUACAUAAAAUUAAUGAAGAAGGCAAAUAUGGGUAUCUGCAAGCAUUCUGUAAUAGUAAAUUAUGUAAUGUAUUGUUUAGUAACGAAUUAGCGAGGAGACUAGAAGGCACAGGGGUUGAUGUAAACAGCUUGCAUCCGGGACAGGUCAACACAUGUUUAUAUAAGUCGACGGCUAUUGAGAAAUUGAGGAGUUUGAUACUGUAUACGUUCUUCAAAAGCCCGUUGGAAGGUGCGCAGACGUCUUUAUACCUGGCGAUAUCUGAGGAGUGCGAUCAGAUAACAGGGAAGUACUUCGCCGACUGCGAGGAGAGUAACAUGUCUCUUAAAGCCCAGGACGAGUGUUUGGCCAAACAGUUGUGGUCCAUGUCUGAGGAGUUAGUGAAGUUAAAACCGGACGAGAUGAUUUGAUUGGAGUUAUAUAAGACUUUUAUCGUUUGCUUAUUGAUGUAUAGAUAUUUAUAUUAAGCGAGGUUACUGACCAAUCUAACUGAUAAGAUAACCUUGGUUUUGUCGAUAACAAAACACGUUUACAAAAUAAAAAUAAAACCUAAUAAUAAUAAAUUAUAAUUACGACUACUUAUUUAUAAAAACUAUAAUCAGGAUUAUGAUAAUUGUUAAUCGUUUGUAAUUCUUAAAACUAAGCACUCAAAACAACAUAUAUUAGCAUUGAAAACCACAGCAAACGAAACCGUAUUAUUAGUAACAUAGGGUUGAUUCACUCGUCAAAAAAUAAUGAUUGAAUAUGAUAUGUGGUUAAAUUAUCAAGUAUAAAUGUACUUUAAUUUUAAUAACAUUUUCCCUGUAGUAAUCUAAAUAUUUCAAAUAAGAAUUGUAUUCAAUAAUUAAGCCCCUGAACUA